UCGACUUCUUCUGUUCUGAGUGAUAUCAAUUUUUAGCCCGCUGAAACCAUGUUAUCCGCUGGGGAAAUAUUGCUCAGGUGUAUUUCGCUGUUAGUUCAUUUAUUGUUCAAAAAAGUGUUGCAUAAAUUUUAAAAAAAUUAAUCAUGUAAAUAUUUAGUGCGUUUUAAAACUAUGAGAGUGACUGUAUAACAGAAUGUCACAGUCUGGGGGAAAAAGGGGUGGUGGUAAAGGGCCACCUAAGGAUAAAAAUGAAGACGGCAAGGAGAAGGAUAAACCAGGCAACGUUAAGGAGCCCAAAGAAAAGGAAAAAGAUGAAACUACCAGUAACCCCGAAGGAGAAGAAGGAACGGUCUCCAAACCACAGAGCGCUGGAGCCAACAUUAGGGAUGCUGCUCAAAGGAUCCUGGUCUUGUGCCAAAAAGGAGAGUGGGGUCCUGUUGAACAGAUCCUUAAGUCUAUGGAAAAGGCGAUUGCGAAUGCUGGAGAAGAUGCCAAUAGUGUACCGCUUGCUGGAGUAUUGGAUCUGGUUACCGGGAUGACACCUCUCAUGUAUGCAGUAAAGGACAACAGAACAUCGCUGGUAGAUCGGAUGAUUGAACUGGGAUCUGACGUAGGGGCAAGGAAUAAUGACAACUACAAUGUUCUGCAUAUCUCAGCAAUGCAUUCACGGGAGGACGUUGUUAAACUUCUGCUAUCAAAACGGGGAGUGGAUCCAUACUCUACCGGCGGGAGUCGGAAUCAAACUGCAGUCCAUUUGGUAGCUUCUAGACAGACUGGAACGGCAACAGCCAUAUUGAGAGCACUUCUACAAGCCGCAGGGAAAGAAAUUAGACUAAAAGCUGACGGAAGGGGUAAGAUACCCUUGUUGCUAGCUGUUGAAGCUGGUAACCAGUCUAUGUGCAGAGAAUUGUUAAGUGCACAAACGGCGGAACAGCUGAAAGCGCAGUCAGCCAAUGGAGACACAGCACUCCAUUUAGCAGUACGACGAAAGGAUAUCGAUAUGGUAAGAAUACUGGUUGAUUAUGGUACAAGCGUGGACAUUCGGAAUGGUGAAGGUCAAACUCCACUACAUAUCGCCGCAGCAGAAGGCGACGAAGUUUUGGUCAAAUAUUUCUACGGAGUAAGAGCGUCAGCUAGUGUUACAGACAAUCAGGAUAGAACACCUAUGCACUUAGCUGCCGAAAAUGGACACGCGAAUAUCAUUGAGCUCUUGGCCGACAAAUUUAAAGCCAGCAUUCUCGAGAGGACAAAAGAUGGUUCAACGCUGAUGCAUAUUGCAUCUCUCAACGGGCAUGCUGAUUGCGCAAUGAUGCUCUUCAAAAAAGGAGUAUAUUUGCAUAUGCCAAAUAAGGAUGGAGCCCGAAGUAUCCACACCGCCGCAAGAUAUGGUCACGUUGGAAUAAUCAAUACGCUGCUGCAAAAAGGAGAAAAAGUCGACGUAACAACAAAUGACAAUUAUACUGCCCUUCACAUUGCUGUGGAAUCAUGCAAGCCUCUUGUCGUGGAGACGUUAUUGGGAUAUGGAGCUGAUGUCCACGUCAGAGGGGGUAAACUUAAGGAAACUGCUUUGCAUAUAGCGGCUAGAGUCAAAGAUGGAGAAAAAUGUGCGCUGAUGUUACUAAAAUCUGGAGCAGGGCCCAAUAUAGCGACUCAUGAUGGAAAUACACCAGUUCAUGUUGCUGCAAAGUAUGGCAAUCUGCAAACACUAUUGCUUUUACUGGAAGAUGGAGGUGAUCCGCAGUUCAAGAAUAAGAAAGGAGAAACACCACUGCAUCUGGCUGCCCGAGGCUGCAAGGCAGAAGUCGUUCAGCUGUUGAUAGCCUACGUGAAGGACCAUAAAAGUGAAGAAAAGGCAGCAGCUUAUAUUAACGAAACUAAUGAAAAUGACGAAAGCGCCCUACAUUAUAUCUGUACAGUUACUAAAGAAGAGGUUGAAGUGCCAAAUUCGGAUAGAGAAGUUGCAAAAAUAUUACUUGAAAACGGAGCUGAUGUUAAACUUCUUACCAAACAACACGAAUCAGCAUUUCAUUAUGUUGCUUUAGCUGGUAACAACGAUGUUGUGAUGGAGAUGAUUUCGCAUAUGUCCCCUACUGAUUCGCAGAAAGCUCUCAACAGGCAAAACGACCAUGGGUGGACACCUUUGUUAAUAGCAUCUCGAAAGGGUCACAUAGACUUAGUAAACAAUCUACUGGCCAACCAUGCAAGGGUGGACGUAUUUGAUUUGGAGGGACGAUCUGCGCUGCACUUGGCUGCUGAGCAAGGUUACCUCCAAGUUUGUGAUUCGUUGCUUACUCAUAAAGCCUUCAUCAACUCUAAAUCAAGAAACGGCCGAACAGCGCUCCAUUUAGCAGCGAUGAAUGGCUACAUUCACCUCGUUAAGUUUUUAAUCAAAGACCACAACGCCGUUAUAGACAUUUUAACCUUAAAGAAACAAACUCCCCUUCAUUUAGCUGCAGCAGCAGGACAAAUUGAAGUUUGUAAAUUAUUGUUAGAGCUAGGAGCAGAUAUUGACGCUACAGAUGAACAAGGCCAGAAGCCUAUUCAUGCAGCUUGCCAAAAUAACUAUUCUGAAGUUGCCAAAUUAUUUCUACAACAACAUCCCAGUCUUGUUAUGGCCACCACAAAAGACGGAAAUACCUGUGCGCACAUAGCAGCUGCGCAAGGUAGUGUCACCGUCAUAGAAGAACUUAUGAAAUUUGACAGACAAGGAGUGAUAUCUGCGAGAAAUAAACUUACAGAUUCUACUCCGUUACAAAUGGCUGCAGAGGGAGGACACGCGGAGGUAGUCAAAGCGUUGGUUAGAGCAGGGGCUAAUAUAACAGACGAGAAUAAAGGAGGCUUUACAGCUGUGCAUUUAGCAGCUCAAUAUGGUCAUCUUCAAGUACUCGAAGUAUUAAGAUCUUCAAAUACAUUACGAAUUACCAGCAAAAAACUUGGUGUAACGCCUCUUCAUGUGGCUGCCUACUUCGGUCAAGCUGACACUGUUAGAGAACUAUUAACACAUGUACCGGGUACUGUUAAGUCAGACUCGCCAAAUGGUGCUUCGUUGGUACCAGCACUGGGUAAUGAGUCUGGUAUGACACCUCUUCAUUUGGCUGCCUUUUCUGGAAACGAAAAUGUAGUUAGAUUGCUGCUGAACUCUGCUGGAGUGCAAGUAGAUGCUGCUACCCAUGAAAAUGGUUACAAUCCCAUGCAUCUAGCUUGCUACGGAGGACACGGUACAGUGGUUGGACUGCUGCUCAGUCGUUCUGCAGAACUUCUACAAAGUCACGACAAGCAUGGGAAAACAGGUCUACAUAUAGCAGCGCAACAUGGACAUCUACAAAUGGUUGAAGUUUUAUUAGGCCAAGGUGCUGAAAUUAACUCUCAGGAUAAAAAUGGAUGGACGCCAUUGCACUACGCAGCCAGAGCUGGCCAUGUUGACGUCGUGAAAUUGUUGGUGGAAUCAGGUGCUUCACCUAAAGCAGAAACAAGUCUAGGAGCAGUUCCAAUUUGGUUUGCUGCUUCCGAAGGUCACCAUGCAGUUUUAGAGUAUCUGAUGACUAAGGAGCAUGAUACAUAUGCAUUGAUGGAAGACAGAAGGUUUGUUUACAACCUGAUGGUUUGCUCGAAAAACCACAACAACAAACCCAUAGAAGAAUUUAUUUUAGUGUCACCAGCACCCGUGGAUACAGCAGCCAAACUGUCCAAUAUCCUCAUCGUCCUAUCCAAUAAGGAAAAGGAGAGGGCAAAGGAUCUCAUAGCUGCGGGGAAAUACUGCGAAGCAAUGGCUACAGAGCUUCUGGCACUGGCAGCUGGAGCGGACUCUGCGGGGAAAAUUUUGACAGCGACUGAUAGAAGGAACGUAGAAUUUUUAGACGUACUCAUAGAAAAUGAACAGAAGGAAGUCAUAGCGCAUACCGUCGUUCAACGAUACCUUCAGGAAUUAUGGAGGGGAGCCCUCAACUGGGCAGCGUGGCGCACUCUCUUGCUGUUCGUGUUUUUCAUAAUAUGUCCUCCAGUAUGGAUAGCCUUCACUCUUCCACUAGGUCAUAAAUACUAUAAAGUUCCAAUCAUUAAGUUUAUGUCGUACCUAACAUCCCACGUGUACCUCAUGGCAUUUUUACUCAUAGUGGGAAUAACACCGCCAUACCCAGUGCUAAGAAAAAGUUUACUACCGUAUUCCUACGAAUGGAUAUUGCUGGUUUGGUUAAGUGGACUCUUACUAUUCGAACUAACCAACCCCAGUGAUAAAUCAGGUCUGGGUUGGAUCAAGAUAUCAGUACUACUGUUCAGCAUAUUCGGAGUGGGGGUACAUCUGUUAGCGUUUGUAUUAGACGACAAAGCCCAUUGGCCUACUAUGUUGUACUGUAGAAACCAAUUAUUUGCGUUAAGUUUCGUACUAGCAUGUGUUCAAAUUUUAGAUUUUUUGUCAUUUCAUCAUUUGUUUGGGCCAUGGGCUAUCAUUAUUGGUAAUCUAAUGAAAGAUUUAGCUAGAUUUUUGGCAGUUUUAGCUAUUUUUGUAUUCGGAUUUUCGAUGCAAUUCGUUGCGUUGAAUCAACCCUUCGCGAAUUUAACCCCCAGCGAAUUGAUUCGACUAAACCGACAAGGAGUUAUAAAAACAGGAUAUUUUACAGAUGUCCAAAAGAAUCCGAUCAGCGCUUUUGAGCUGCUGUUUUUUGCGGUUUUCGGCCAAACCUCGACCGAGCAACUGAAAAGCUAUGGCCCAAAUGCCGCAAAUCGCUCAAAUAACCAACCUCCGUGGACGGAAGUUCUUUUUAAACUAGUUUUUGGAGUUUACAUGUUGGUGUCUGUCGUUGUACUGAUUAAUCUGCUCAUUGCCAUGAUGACUGAUACCUACCAACGCAUUCAGGCACAAUCCGACAUCGAGUGGAAAUUUGGAUUGAGCAAGUUGAUUCGUUCGAUGCACAGAACCACGACAGCUCCUUCACCGAUCAACUUAAUCACCACUUGGUUAUUUUAUUUAGUUGAUGUGUGCAAGAAGCGAGAUUUUAUUCCAGUGAAACAACGCAAACGCCAAAGCCUAGUCCAUCUAAUGGGCACCUUCCAACGUUCCUCCCAACUCAGCCCCAGAUCCAAGGCAGGCGCCAAAUGGCUGUCCAAGGUCAAAAAAGGUAGGCAGAUCGCACCCAAAGAGUCUGUAGCCCUAUCCGUGGCCCACCUCAGUCCGCUGGGCUCACAGUUAAGCUUCUCCAUGCAAACGACCAGGAUUGAACACGUGGCAGAUUGGGAAGCUAUAGCGAAGAAGUACAGGGCGUUGAUGGGAGAGGUAGACGAGACUAAGGAUAAGUCGAAGGAUAACGAAGAAGAAGAAACUGAAGAGGAAACUCCUACGGGAAAUGCUAUACCAGUACAAAACUCUUUCGGUUAGGUAGUUGAAAUACUAGUAAAAUUGUCAUUUUAGAUAAAUUAGGGUAAAUGCAUGUUUUGGCAACAUUGAGACUAUCAACUUUGACAAAACUCUAUCUCUAUUCUUGUUCAACUGAAGUUGGCAUAUUUUAAAACAGUUUGUCUGUUCAUUUUAAAACUUUAUUCCUCUCUAAUGGUUCAAUGGUGGUGUAGAUGAGGAUGGUAUAAAAUAGGCGCAGCAAACUGGCAACAGUUGGCAAUGGAUAGAACUGACUGGCGUAAUAGACUUGGGAAUGUCGAGGCUCUUUUAUAGGACUGAAGCACCAUUGAUGAUGAUGAUGAUUCCUUUCUAAUGGAGGAUACGUUGUACGCAAGAAGCAAUAACGACUCUUUGGCCACUUUUGACCGCAUUAUGACUAUUUUUAUGGUCACCAACUCUGUGCGUUAUAGCCAGCCGUUGUUCAGGCUGUUAUAACAUGUUCAAAUUUCCAACAAUUUUACUUCAUUGAUUAACCCUUAAACCACAUGUCGACGCAUUCAGCGAAGACUGUACUAACUCAUUUUUUUAAGUUUUCGAAUAAAGCAAGUUAAAGUUUUGAUUAACGCAUAAAAUCAGGGGUUCCUAUUUACUAAAUUGUUUUUAUAUUUAUCCAUUGUGUUUACCGUAUUGUUCCACUUGUGCUUUUGAACAUGUCAAUUUUUUUUCUUUAUAUGGUUUUUGAAUGAGUUAGUACAGUAUUCGCUGGAAAAAAUCGGGAAAAUCCUGGAUAGUACAUCCUGGAUACUUAUGUAUACUUAUAAAAUGCACCUUCUAUUCACAUGUAUUAUCUAUCUAAUAGAAAUUUAUACGCUGUACAAUUUUUAAAACGUAAACAAUGUUAUUCAUGUAGGCGUAUUUUACUUAACCUAAAAAUGCGAAAACUAUACUAACUCACAAGGCAAUGACGAUUCCGUUCGGAAUGCCGAGGAAGACUAUACUAACUUUGAUUGAGAUAGCUUAUUACCUAUCUCAGAUAGGAGAUAGGAUAGUUUUCGUGGGAUAAUGUAAAGAUAUACAAGUUAGUACAAUAUCGAAGUGCAAAAUUGGUUGCCUAAACGUAAACAGAUUAAUAUAGAACUUUGUUCGGUGAAAGACAUCACGGUUAUCUAAUUUGUCAGGGGUGUAACUCAAAAACGCCAAAAAUUGAGUUAGUACAGUCUUCGUUGGAUGCGUCGAUGUGUGGAUACUGGAAGUGAUGUAGAUUGCUAUACUGAGGUGUUCGUAGCAUCAAAGAAUACAUAUCUCUUAUGUAUUCUUUGGUAGCAUGAACAAAGAGGACAUAUUGAAGUGAUAAAUUGUUACCAAGAAUUCUUCAGGUGCCGUGUCCCAGAGGUGUAACCAGGAUGACCCUAAGGGGGGGUUAAAUCUACUUGAAGAUCUCUGGGGGUAUGGAAUAAUAAUGGUGUUAAGCGUAUAGAGCUCAAAGUACAUCCAAAAUGGGGGGGUUAUAACCCCCAAAAACACCCCCUGGUUACGCCUAUCCCGUGUCCGUAUUAGACAUUGGCGGUGAUCAUGCUUACAAUUUCUUAAAUCUUUUCUCUAUCGUAUGCUGCACAAAACAAUCUUUUUACUGUGGAACCAUUGUCUAAUAUGUAUUAAGCAGCCAUCAACGUUUCUUUCGACCAAUCAAUCUCUUUUCCUCCCCUUUUUCUUGUAUUAUAAGGCGAAGUAAAUGUUAUUCAGGUUCUCUAAUUAAAUGGCGGCAGUAUUCUGUCUUUCUCCUCUUUAUGAUGUUUAUGUGCAGACGUUCUGAGUUCACCAUUUUCAAAACAUCUUCAUUUGAAGUAGGUAUGCGAAACUCACGAUAUUUUUAGGAUCCGUCGAUAGCACCAUGUCGGGAUGUGAAUUUUUAAGCAUAUGCCUGCUUUGUUGAUUAUGAGAAGGCAUUCGACACUGUUCAACACGAUAAGUUAAUGGGUGUACUAAAAGAGAUAGGCCUAGAUGGACGAUGGACAGCUAACAUCAGAAUUAACAACUAGACAUUUGAAGAAAUUCAUAUUAUGGGAGUUAGACAAGGUUGCUUGCUCUUUCAGCAACUGGUUAAUUUGUAUGCAAAAAAGAUCUUCGGAGAAGUAGUAGAAGACAGAAGAGAGGGUAUAAUUGCCAAUGGAAUGGUCAUCAACAAUCUGAGAUACGUUGAGAACACAGUUCUGCUAGAAACGGACAGGGAUGAUUUACAGGCACUCCUACAUUCAGGACGGACCAUAGCUAACAAAUGGGUCUGAAGAUAAACAUAAAUAAAACCCAAUGGAUGGUCAUCAGCAAAAACAAAAAUAUAGCAAAUAACUUGGCAGAUAUUCUGCAUGGUGCAGAGAGUACAAACGUACUCGUACAAGUAUUUAGGCUGCUGGGUGAAUGAAUAAUGGGACGUAUCAGAGGAAAUCAAAUGUACAGUAGAGUAAGCGAGAACAUCAUUUAGGAAAAUGCAAAAGGUACAACCAACAGAGAGCUAAAAAUUACGCUAAGAAUAUGCUUAUUACGCUGCAAGGUGCUCAGCAUUUUGUUCUAUGGAAUGGAAGCAUGGACCUCACGGAAUUAAGGCUUUUAAAAUGUGGGCUUACCGCAGAAUGUUAAGGAUAUCGUGGGUCAACAGAGUAACAAAUCAAACUGUUCUGCAGCGGCUAAACAAAAAAAGAGAAGUACCCUGAAUAUAAUAAAAAGAAGAAAACUAGAGUACUUUGCCCACGUGAUGAGAAAUCCGAAAUAUGAAAAGCUACAUGUAAUUAUCCAAGAAAAGAUAGAGGGAAAGUGCGGCCCCGCACGCAGGAAAACAUCCUGGCUUAGGAACCUCCACCAGUGAUAUGGAGUGAACACGACGACACUACUUAGGUCAGCUGUGGACUGCGAAAACCAUGCGACUGAUCGCCAUUGUUCUGGGAGGACGAACAAGGCACUUCAAAAAGAAGAUGUCACCACAAUUGCACAAUUCUAAUGCUUCUAAUUUGUUAAGCAUUGUGGUUUCUAGGAUUUUUAAUAUUCAUAUCUCACAACCAUAUUAUAUUAGGAUAGGAUAGACCAGAUAACAUUUCAGGACUUUCUUGCGAAUAUAAUCGAAGGUUUUUGUUACAGAAAACUGGUUUCAGGUCAUAAAAGCUUUACUUGAUAUUAUCUCGUCAUCAGAAUCACAACUUACAUUUAACCAGUUGCCAAGGUAUUUAAAAUGGUUUACACGUUUUAUCUCCUCUCCAUUAAGAGCAAACAGUAGCGAUCAACAGGUAGCAGUAAACUAUUAUGUCGAGAUAUUUGGCACACAUAUUCGUAAUAUAAUAAAGAAUGGUGGUACAGAGCCCAAUUUCAGAAAUAUGUUAGUAUGUGGAAAUUGCUCUAUAAUUAAAUAAAAUAUUGAAAAAAGGAACCUAUACCGCCAUUAAGAAAGGCAAAAAAUACACUUUCUUCAAACAAACUUUUUUAUCCCGUGUCUAGAUUUUGUGUCAUAUUGGAAUUACUAAAAAUCGAUUUUUUUAUAACAAGAAAUCAAACGUCACUCACUUGGCAACAUUUCGCGCCUAUGUGUAUAAAAAUUAUUGUUUUUGAUAGUAUAAACGUCACUAUGUCAGUGUCGAAUUACCCACGCACUGUUGUCUCACAUUUAAAAGUUCCCAGAACUUUCGCAAUCUUGGACCGCGUUUGUUGCUACCUGUUGAUCGCUACUGUGUGGUCUUAAGAGGAAAGCAGAUCUUGAUCUAUAGGUAUUAAUCCAUCCAACUGGCAUCCACUUUGUCUUUGAAAGGUUAGUUUAAGGCCUCUCCAAUAACUGGACAUUACAUUUACUAAUGUCUGGAGAUCUUGUAAAUUUUCUGCAAGAACGUCUGUAUAGUCAGCGUAUCUGAUUUGUUUGUUGCUUUUCGCCGAGUCCUACUCCCUCUUGUCUGUCAUCCUAAGCCUCCCUAAAGAUUUCUUCAGAGUAUAGAUUAAAUAAGCGACUGAUUGACAAAACACAAUCCUAUCCACGUAGGUACUACACGUUUGAUGGGUAGUCUUUCAGUAAAACUCCAAUUUGGAUAGAGGCUAAUACUUAAUCGAAGUGAUCAAGUCCUCCUGCCCGCAUACAAUAGAAAACGGUAUCGUGUUGUACCUACCCUGUCGAAUGCCUUAUCAUUAAGCACUCCGAGUAAAGGAAUAACUAGUCGUCCAAAAAUGCGAAUAUAAGAUCUUUAUAUAAGUCUAAUACAGGGUAGUCUGAAAACUCAGGCAAAUCAACACGGAGAAGGAUUACCCACAGAAAUCCUUGCGUGCAGGUAAUGCAAACAUAGAUUCAGGAGUUACCACAAAGUAUAUUUAAGUAUUAUGGGUAGUUUAUAUUAAAUAGACAAAGUCCAUUAUUGCUAAAAUCUAUUUUUUUUUAGUAGGUAUGUCUCAAUGUUAAGGAUAAAAAAUUAAAUUGACUUUUUUAUAAAAAAUAAACAAACUAUAUGUAUUUAAUGUAAUAAAAACUAUUUUAUAUACUUGUUAGAGUAAAAUUUGUACAUCUUUAUCAUUUGGUAACAUAUAAAUCUAAAAAAUAAAUGCUCUAAAUCCCAUUAUUUCGUUUUAUUUUCCUUUAUGUAAGUACCCACUAGCAAAGUAGGUACGUUGAUAGAUAAGUACACAGUACACCAUCUCACCAAAGUUAUUCACAACCCUUUUAGAACAUACUUUUAAGAAGG